GACCAGCCUGCCAGCUGGCGAGGUUUCGACAGGAAAAAUUCCCAAGGCGACGCGCAUCUCAAAACUGGAGGGCAUCAAACAACUGCGCGAGAUCAUCGAUGCACCACUCGCCAUCCCCAGGACACACGACUCCACGACUCACGACUCACCUGUAAGGGCCCCGGGCCGUUGAUCUUCGCAGCGUGCGGCGCAAUGGCGCUCCGUUCCACCUGCGCAGCGCUCUCAUCGGGCUGCAGCAGUGCGCUCCAGAGAUGCAGUGCCCCUGCCCACUCGAUCGCGCAGCGGCUCGGUCCGUCCGCCGUUGCCGUUCGACAGUUGUCCACGACGUCGGCCACCCGCAACUCCAACGCUGUUGAUGCGGCACUCGAGACCCAAGAACGGCCGCGGUGGUCCUACACGCCAGAGCGCAUGAAGGGCCCCGGCUUCUCCAUCAACAUCGUCAAGGAUCCCCGCCGGACGGUGUGGCACAACAACGACGACCCGGCGAAGCUGGACGCCAUGUACAACCGCCUGCUGGGGCCCAAGGGCGACAGGAUGCUGCCGGACGAGAUCAAGUGGCUUGCCAUUACACACAAGAGCUUCGACCAAGGGAGGAGAGGUUUCAACACGAGGCUGGCUUAUUUCGGUGCGUUCGCAGAGACCUGCACCCUGCCCUUCUGUCAUCCCAGAGAGAGCCCUGGUUGGUUUCGCGCAGGACUCAGGAGCCGGGCGGCUAACCAAACGAUGCUGGGCAGGGCGGCUGAUUCUUGCGCUUGAAACUACGAGACAUAUCAUGGUCUCUCCCGCCUCGUCGCCAAACCCGCCGGCCCCGGAUCAGUUUGGCCGCGAACCCUUCCAGCACCACGCGCUUUCGAACGUCGACAAGCUCAGCGUGAGGCAGCCCCGUGACGUCGCGUCCAAGGAAAAGCUGGCGAAGCUUGCCAAGGAAGUGGGCCUGCCGGAGGUGGUCAGGUGGAAGCCGAGGAUGGUAUGUGACCUG